UGUCCGGUCUCCUCCGGUUCCACGGCCCGGGUCUCUGACUGACGGCGCCAUGGAAGAGAAGGUGGACUCCUCCACUGCUCCAGACGGCUCGUGCGUGGUGUCGGCACAGGAGACCGAAAAGUGGAUGGAGGAGGCGAUGCGGAUGGCCAAAGAAGCACUUGAAAAUACUGAAGUUCCUGUUGGCUGCCUUAUGGUCUAUAACAAUGAAAUUGUGGGGAAGGGAAGAAAUGAAGUGAAUCAAACAAAAAAUGCUACGCGGCAUGCUGAAAUGGUGGCCAUUGAUCAGGUCCUGGAUUGGUGUCGUCAACACAGUCAUUGUCCUGCUGACGUGUUUGAACACACCGUGCUGUACGUCACCGUGGAGCCGUGUAUCAUGUGUGCAGCUGCUCUCCGCCUCAUGAAAAUCCCGCUGGUCGUCUAUGGCUGUCAGAAUGAACGAUUUGGUGGUUGUGGUUCCGUCCUAAACAUCGCCUCUGCUGACCUACCCAAUACUGGGAGACCAUUUCAGUGCAUCCCCGGAUACCGUGCUGAGGAAGCCGUGGAGCUCCUAAAGACCUUCUACAAACAAGAAAACCCAAAUGCACCAAAAUCAAAAGUUCGGAAAAAGGAUUGUCAGAAAUCCUGACAUUCUGAUGAAAGCCUCGUGCCCUUAGGAGACCUGCAAAGAAUUCUCAACCGAGAGCCUUUGGCAUCGCUGGCCGUGUUUAUAUGUUGUUGUUUCUGUGUGGGAAAACGGUGUCUCUCGUCAUGUCAUUUGCUCUGUUAAGGGAACAAAUGAGCACUUCUUAAAGUCUGACAAAUGUAAACAGCUAUUAGCUCUUCCCAAGCUGAAAGAGUGUUUCCGGAAGGGGAAGAGGAAUCCAGGCUUGAGGUCAGAGAUCAGCCACAGCUCCAGCCCCGUCUUAAUGAAGCUCUUCGUCUUAAUGAAGCUCUUCGUGGGUUGGGGCAAUGGCUGAGUGACAAAGUACUUGCCGUGCAAGCAAGAGGCCUCAGUCCCCAGCACCCAUAAAUGCCUGGGUGGGCUUGGCGGCCUGCCUAUAACCCCAGUGCUUAGAAGGCAGAGUUGGGCUUCCAAGAUCCCAAAGCAAGCUACUAGUUAGGUGAGCCCUUAUCGGUGAGCUCCGUGUUCAGAUGAGAGAUCCCACCUCAGUGAGUGAAGAGUGAUCUUGGAGGACCCCACAAUGCACCCCCAAGCACAAGUACAUACACACUGACAUCACACAUGCACACACAAGAAAGCAAACAAACAAAAGACAAGUCUUCGGAAGAUUGAGCAAGACCCACAGAGAAAGAAGAAGGAAAGAAAGCCUUCGGCUUUUUACUGAGUGUAUUCAGACCCACUUCUGCCCACGACUCCAGCAGAGCAUGGGGACCUGGGCUCGUGCUAGUUUGUAAUAUGACUUUAUAUAUGCAUAUGACCGUGCAUGUUGGAGGUUCGUGUGUGGGUGUGGAAGCAAAGGACAAUCUCAGGUGCCUCAGAUGUAGCCGCCCUCCUCCUCUUCCCGCUGUCUGCCUCUCUCUCUCUCUCUCUCUCUCUCUCUCUCUCUCUCUCUCUCUCUCUCUCUCUUUCAGGAUAGGUUUCUUACUGGCUUGAAAUUUACUACUCAGUUAAUACCCGGCAGGCUGACCAGGAAUGUUCAGGGUUCCACCUGUGUCCUCUAGUGCAGGAGUUACAGGCGUGCACACAACACCCUCCUUUCCCCUCCCUCCUUUCUUCUAAGCAUACGUUUUUGGAGGUUGAACUCCAGUCCUUCUGCCACUAUACUGACAGAUUUUUCUCCAACCCUAGAACUUUUUUUAGAAGUACUUAGAUGAAAUGGAUGCUUUUAAAGGCAGUGCCCAAGGGUCAUGUUUGAAUCCUAGCAUAUUGCUACAAUAAAAUUGUGUUCAUGCCUUCCCUGAAGAGGAGUGGUCUUAACUAGUGGGUGCUAGAGAGGUGGCACAGGGGUGAAGGAUAAACACUGCUCUUUCCGAGGUUACAAGUUCAGUUCCCAGCCCUACACUGGGCAGCUCACAACCUCCUGUAAUUCCAAUACUCUCUUCUGGACUCCACGGGCACACUUACGUGUGCACACAUUUCCACAAUUUACACACAUAAUUAAAAAAAUUUAAAAGCUAAAACUGAAAGUGAAGUCGUUUCUUAUCACAGAGGAACUAUUCUGUUAAGAUCCAUAUCUUCCUGGAACAGAACAAAGAUGUUGUACUCUCCAAACCAAGACCUCGUGUUCUCAGAGACGAGUGAAAAGUGACGUGACUUGCUGGAGAAUGAUAGGUGCGCUGGGCUAAUGGUACACACUGUAACCCCAGUACCUGGGAGGUCGAAGCAAGAUGAUACUUGGAAUAAGAAUGCAGGAAUGAUGGUUAUGGGAUUGAAUUAGAUGAUCCAUUUAAUCCGAAAUGACAAAGCCAUUACUCUUUGAAACACAGCUGAUAAAAUUUAAAUUGAGUGGCUAAAAAUUUGACCUUACAACAAAACCAGGAUCACCGAUGGCCAGGUGCGGCUUUUCUGAGCCUCCCUGGGCGCAGUGCGCGACUCUGCCCAACAGGGGGCCUCGCCGUUCCACCACAGGGCCCGUGCCAGCGCCAGCCACAGUGCCAGCGCGAGCCCUUGAUGCAAAGCGGCUGUGUUUGUUGACUCUGCCAUUUGAGCGCUGUCUCCGACUUGUUUGUUUUGAAUUACAUUACAGGCAGGAAUGUGAUUGUGGCGGUAGUAUUUUUAUAUUGCCGGGGGGGCGGGGGGAGCAGCUAAUCACAGUUACAUGCUUCAGAGGAUUUAUAAUUGCGUGGUUUUGUGCGUGUGUGUUUUUUAACGGCAUUUCAGAAGUUUUAUGGGCAAAGAAUACGCACGAUUUUAAAUUUACAAUAAUGGUCUGUGCACCUUCUCUCCGGUUCUAUCUACUUUAAAAAUUGUCUUCUCAUUAAAUUUUAGUGCCCUGACUAGUGUGUUCCUUUUUGCAGUUGGCCAUAAUUCACUCCGGCUCCUGUGCCUUCCCGCGGGCAGACAUCGUUUAUCAACUUCAUAUCAUUUUCUGAGUAUUACCUGUAGGCAAAGCAACCCGGGAUCUUUCCUCUGUAGAGUACCACCGGGUCUUUCUGGCUAUGGCUUUAUGGUAAGCUUUUAAUGAAGUGAUUAGUUUGAAUUUAGGGAGAAAUUCAUA